UGGUGCUGAUUCUGUCAGGCGCUGGCGGCGGCGGCGGCGGCGGCCCGGCUCCUUCUUCUCGGCCGGACCUGCUCUGCCCCCCUGCGCCCACGCCCCGCCGGGCCCCCCGCCCUCCUGUCGCGGCCCCCGCCCGGGGCGCGGCCGCGACCGGUACCAUGCGCUUCGUAGCCCUGCUGCUCCUGCCUUUGCUGCUGGCGCUCCUGGCUCACGGACUCUCCUCGGAGGCCCCAACUGUGGGGGAGGGGCAAGCCGCAGACAUGGAGGACAUGGAUGGGGAGCUGACAGUGGCCCCCACACCUGAGCAGCCAGACCAUGGUGUCCGCUUCGUCACCACGGCCCCCACCUUGAAGCUGCUCAACCACCACCCACUGCUGGAGGAAUUCCUACAAGAAGGACUGGAGGCCGGGGAGGAGGAGCUGAGGCCGGCCCUACCCUUCCAGCCCGACCCACCUACACCCUUCACUCCAAGUCCCCUGCCCCGCCUGGCCAACCAGGACAACCGUCCCGUCUUUACCAGCCCUACGCCAGCCAUGGCUGCAGCGCCCACUCAGCCCCAGUCCAGUGAGGGGCGCUGGAGUCUGCAGUCAGAGCCCCCUGGACUUCAUCUCACAGCUCCCCUCCCGCCAGGGCCCAGCAUGGCUGCACCCACUCUGGGCCCAGGGGCAAGGCCCAGUACCACACCCCCCAGCAGGGUGUGGACUCCUACCCAAGAGGGACCUGGAGACAUGGGCAGGCCGUGGGCUCCAGAGCCCAUGUCCCAUACCACAGGGCUCGCAGUUAAAGGGACCAUUGCCACCGCCACCGCUUCAGGGGAUGAUGAGGAGAGUACCACCACCACCACCAUCGUCACCACCACCAUCACCACAGUCCAGCCACCAGGCUCUUGUAACUGGAAUUUCUCAGGCCCAGAGGGCUCUCUGGACUCCCCCGGAGGCCCCAGCUCACCCCCUGAUGUCAGCCUGGACUGUUUCUACUACAUCUCCGUCUACCCUGGCUAUGGUGUGGAAAUCAAGGUCCAGAACAUCAGCCUCCGGGAAGGGGAGACCAUGACUGUGGAGGGCCUGGGGGGCCCUGACCCAUUGCCCCUGGCCAACCAAUCUUUCCUGCUUCGAGGCCAAGUCAUCCGCAGCCCCACCCACCAAGCAGCCCUGAGGUUUCAGAGCCUCCCACCACCUGCUGGGCCUGGCACCUUCCAUUUCCACUACCAAGCUUAUCUCCUGAGCUGCCGCUUCCCCCAGCGUCCCGCUUACGGACAUGUGACUGUCACCAGCCUCCACCCUGGAGGCAGUGCCCGCUUCCACUGUGCCACUGGCUACCAGCUGAAGGGCGCCAGGCUCCUUACCUGUCUCAAUGCCACUCAGCCCUUCUGGGAUUCCCGGGAGCCUGUCUGCAUCGCUGCCUGUGGUGGAGUGAUCCGCAACGCCACCACUGGCCGCAUCGUGUCUCCCGGCUUCCCUGGCAACUACAGCAACAACCUCACCUGCCACUGGCUGCUUGAGGCUCCAGAGGGCCAGCGGCUACACUUGCACUUCGAGAAGGUUUCCUUGGCGGAGGAUGACGACAGGCUCAUCAUUCGUAACGGAGACAACGUGGAGGCCCCACCUGUGUACGAUUCCUACGAGGUGGAAUACCUCCCCAUCGAGGGCCUGCUCAGCUCUGGCAGACACUUCUUUGUGGAGCUCAGUACUGAUAGCAGCGGGGCGGCCGCAGGCAUGGCCCUGCGUUAUGAGGCCUUCCAGCAGGGCCACUGCUAUGAGCCUUUUGUCAAAUACGGCAACUUCAGCAGCAGUGCGCCCUCCUACCCUGUGGGUACCACUGUGGAGUUCAGCUGUGACCCUGGCUACACGCUGGAGCAGGGCUCCAUCAUCAUUGAGUGUGUCGACCCCCACGAUCCCCAGUGGAAUGAGACAGAGCCUGCCUGCCGAGCCGUGUGCAGCGGGGAGAUUACAGACUCAGCCGGCGUGGUGCUCUCCCCGAACUGGCCAGAGCCCUACGGUCGUGGGCAGGACUGCAUCUGGGGUGUGCACGUGGAAGAGGACAAGCGCAUCAUGCUGGACGUCCGAGUGCUGCGCAUAGGCCCUGCUGACGUUCUUACCUUCUACGACGGCGACGACCUGACAGCCCGGGUCCUGGGCCAGUACUCAGGGCCCCGGGGCCAUGUCAAGCUCUUUACCUCCAUGGCUGAUGUCACUAUCCAGUUCCAGUCAGACCCUGGGACCUCGGUGCUGGGCUAUCAGCAGGGCUUCGUCAUCCACUUCUUUGAGGUGCCUCGCAAUGACACAUGUCCGGAGCUGCCAGAGAUCCCCAAUGGCUGGAAGAGCCCAUCACAGCCGGAGCUGGUACAUGGCACGGUGGUCACUUACCAGUGCUACCCUGGCUACCAGGUGGUGGGAUCCAGUGUCCUCAUGUGCCAGUGGGACCUCAGCUGGAGUGAGGACCUGCCCUCGUGCCAGAAGGUGACUUCCUGCCGUGACCCUGGGGAUGUGGAGCACAGCCGACGCCUUAUAUCCAGCCCCAAGUUUCCUGUGGGGGCCACUGUGCAGUAUAUCUGUGACCAGGGUUUUGUACUGACGGGAAGCGCCAUCCUCACCUGCCAUGACCGCCAGGCUGGCAGCCCCAAGUGGAGUGACCGGGCCCCCAAAUGUCUCCUGGAACAACUCAAGCCAUGCCAUGGCCUCAGUGCCCCCAAGAAUGGUGCCCGCAGUCCUGAGAAGCGGUUACACCCAGCGGGCGCCACUGUCCACUUCUCCUGUGCUCCUGGCUAUGUGCUCAAGGGCCAGGCCAGCAUCAAGUGUGUGCCUGGACACCCUUCACAUUGGAGUGACUCUCCACCCAUCUGUAGGGCUGCCUCUCUGGAUGGGUUCUACAGUGGCCGUAGCUUGGAUGUUGCCAAGAGCCCUGCAGCCCCCAGCACCCUGGAUGCUGCCCACAUUGCUGCUGUCAUCUUCCUGCCGCUGGUGGCGAUGGUGCUGUUGGCGGGAGGCGUGUAUCUCUACUUCUCAAGGCUGCAGGGGAAAAGCCCUCUGCAGCUUCCCGGGACACGUCCCCGCCCCUACAACCGCAUCACUGUGGAGUCAGCGUUUGACAAUCCGACCUACGAAGCUGGAUCUCUUUCCUUUGCAGGAGACGAGAGAAUAUGAGGUCUCCAUCUAGGUGGGGGCAGCCUGGGGGAGCCCACUCAGCCCUGCAUCCCAGUCUGGCGUCAGGGCUCUCGGCUUCCUGCUGCCCUUCCACCUCCUGUACAUACCACCUGGGAAGAGACGCUGCCAACCUUUCAAGAAGAUGUGCCCUUCCCCGCCUGCAAUGCCCACCAUGGCCUAUUUUCUUGGUACCACUGCCCACUUAGGGCCCUUCCUUGGGCUCGUGAAGGGGGCAUCUGCCUCUGGAGCACAUGCAGCAACAGCCAGCCUUCUCCUGACCUUCCCCCAUGCCCUGGAGCUCCUGCCUGGAAGUCACAGGUCGAGCAGGAGCACCUCUCUCCAUAUAAGCCCCAUCGAGCCCUGGCACGCGGAUCCUGCAGCAGAGGCGUCGGUAGUGGAAACUGCACCAGAGUGUUCCUCACAGAGCCAUCACCAGUGGCCCAAACUCUCCAGGGUGACCUCUGGGUGGGCCUGGCAUGCCACCAUGAGCCCCUCGGCAGGGGGGCAGGGGGCGGGGGGGGAGGUGGCAGUGCUCCUCUAAAGGCCCGAGAAUGCACAGCCCUGCCUCCUGGAGGCGCUAAUUCUCCAGGCCCCUCCGGAGCUCAAGGACCCUACCCCAAGCUCAGGUUGGGCUUCCCUGGGCCUUCACGCUCCACACCAAAGCAGGAAGUCCCUUGGCCCCCCACUGCUCCCCUGGCAGCCCUACACCCUGAGAGGGAGACCAUGCCCUGAUGUUUAUCUGGCCAUUACAAACAUCUUCUUUCCCACUAGUUCCUCCUCCAGGACCAGCAAAUUGCCAGGCUCCCCUCCUGGCCACUGUGUUAUGGGCUAAGGGGAGCGGGCAGGCAUAUUCUGGAAAGGAGCAGAACCCAGGAAUCUGGCAUGAACCCGGGGGAGGUAGGAAGCCCCAGCGAGAGACCCAGGAGCUGGCUGAAGGCCACUUUGUACAUAUAAUGUAUUAUAUGGGGUCUGGGCUCCAGCCAGAGAACAAUCUUUUAUUUCUGUUUUUUCCUUAUUAAAAUGGUGUUUUGGAGAAAACCAA